CCAAACACCAAACUCAAACUCAUCAAUGCCGGCACUACAGCAAACCCCAAUCUCAUUCCGCUCAAAACUCCCUCCACCAAUCACCUCCAUCGCCACAACCUUCCCCAAAACCCUCUCCUUCUCCCUCACACGCAGCUUCCCAAUCCUCCACCGCAACACCAGAGCUAGAAUGUCAGCUUCAGCAGCUUCAAGCUACGUCGUGGCUUUAGCCGACUUAGCCAAGUCGAACAACACACUCAAAGCCACCAAUGCCGACGUUGAGAAGAUCGAUAAGGUGUUCUCGGACCCUUCGGUGUUCAGUUUCUUCAUGAAUCCAACGAUCGAAGAAGAGAAGAAGCGAAAAAUGAUUGACGAGUAAGCUGAAUCGAUGAAUCUCCUUCCUCACAUGGCGAAUUUCCUCAAUAUUUUAAUCGUUUCGAAGAGAAUCGAUCUGAUUAACGAUGUGACUAAGGAGUUCGAGAGAGUUUAUAAUGGAAUGACAGAGACUGAAUUGGCGGUGGUUAGUGCGGUGGUGAAGCUUGAAUCUCAACACUUGGCUCAGAUCGCUAGGACAGUGCAGAAAUUGACCGGAGCUAAAAAUAUUCGG